AUGGGAGACUUUGGGAUGUUGAAGAUUCCAGGCUGUCAAUGCGUUGAACUAAGAAAUCUAGUCAGGCAUGGCGGAGGGCUUCAACUAUAUAAAGGGUUGGAUCCACAUUGUGGGAAGCAAGUAGAGAGUAGUGGAGAUACACAAAAGAAGAUGGGAACUUGGAAAGGGCCGACGCAGCGGCCUCUACUCAUGUUGGCAGCAACAUUUUGCUUAGCCAUUAGCGUUAGUGCUGCUGAUGACAAAUCUCAUCACAAACCCCACCCACCACACCCUAAUCCCCACCCACCACACAAAUCUCACAAGUACAAAUCUCCACCGCCACGGUCUCCUUCACCUCCACCUUCUUAUGCCUACAAAUCCCCUCCACCACCAUCUCCAUCGCCUACUCCACCAUAUAUCUUUAAUUCACCCCCUCUGCUUUCACCUUCACCACCUCUUCCACCAUAUGUUUACAAGUCUCCUUCACCUCCACCUCAAGUUUAUAAUCCCCCAUCCCCUCCUUCAGAUUUCCCACCAUCACCAACCCUUAAGUCCCCUCCUCCAUCAUCUCCAUCACCUCCUCCUCCGCAUGUGUACAAGUCCCCACCUCCCCCUUCACAUUCUCCAUCGCCUCUAUAUGCCCAUAAGUCUCCUCCUCCAUCACCUCCCCCAUCGCUUGUUUAUAAGUCCCCUCCUCCCUCUUCACAUUUUUCACCACCUUCAUAUACCCAUAAGUCUCCUCCCCUACCAUCUGCAUCAACUCCUUCACAAGUCUACAAGUCCCCACCUUCCCCUUCACAUUCUUCACUACCUCCAUAUGCCUUUAAAUCCCCUCCUUUACCUUCUCCAUCACCUCCUCCUCUGCGUGUAUACAAGUUACCUCCCCCUUCAUGUUCUCCAUUGCCUCCAUAUGUCUAUAAGUCCUCUCCUCCACCUACUCCAUCACCUCCUCCUCCGCAUGUUUACAAGUCCCCACCUCCCCCUUCACAUUUUUUGCCACCUCCAUACUCUCAUAAGUCUCCACCUUCACUAUCUCCAUCACCUCCUCCUUUACAUUUUUCACCGCCUCCAUAUGCCCAUAAGUCUCCACCUCCACCAACUUCUCCACCACGUGUUUACAAGUCUCCUCCUCCACCUAUUCCAUCACCUCCACCACUGCAUGUUUACAAGUUCCCACCUCCUUCAUCACAUUCUCUACCAUCUCCAUACGUUCAUAAGUUUCCUCCACCACCAUCUCUAUCACCUCUUCCACCUCAUGUCUACAAGUCUCCACCUUCUCCUUCACAUCCUGCAAACUACGAGCCUCUACCCCUAUCAUCUCCAGCACCUCCUCCUCCAUAUGUCUACUAG